CCCCCUUGUCUCUCCUUUUAUAAAUCUCCUAGACUCUCUCUCUCUCUCUCUCUCUCUCUCUCUCUCUCUCUCUCUCCAUACAUGAAAACAAUGGCAACUAGGCUCAUAUUCUUAUGCUUUUCACUCUUCUCUUCUACUACUAUCUCCUUUGCCAAAGCCACGCCUAAGUUCCCUUCUUCGAUCCUCAGGCCAGAAAAGCUCUCUCUUUCCACUGAAAACGAGCUCUACAAAGCAAAAUACUUCACUCAAACACUUGACCACUUCAACUAUCACCCGGAGAGCUACGAGACAUUCCAACAAAGAUAUUUGAUCAAUGACACCUCUUGGGGUGGUGCUGAGAAAAAUGCUCCCAUUUUCCUGUACACCGGAAACGAAGGCAAUAUCGAGUGGUUCGCCCAAAAUACCGGUUUCAUGUACGAGAUUGCCCCUCGUUUCGAAGCUCUCAUUGUCUUCAUUGAGCACAGGUUUUAUGGAGAAUCCAUCCCUUUUGGGGGUGACAAAAAAGUAGCCUAUAAGAAUACAAGUACACUUGGAUACUUGAGCUCAACCCAGGCAUUGGCAGAUUAUGCAACUCUGAUAAUUGAUUUGAAGAAGAAUUUGUCAGCACCUGACUCUCCUGUCGUAGUGUUUGGAGGUUCCUAUGGGGGAAUGCUGGCAGCAUGGUUUAGGUUGAAAUACCCACAUGUUACCAUUGGGGCUUUGGCAUCUUCUUCACCAAUCCUCAAUUUUGAGAGUAUUACCUCAGCUUAUAGCUUCAACAACAUCAUCACUCAAGACUUCAGGAGUGAGAGUGAGAACUGCUACAAAGUGAUCAAAGGGUCAUGGCAGCAAAUUGAAGACACUGCGAACCAGCCCGGGGGACUUGACCUGCUCCGAAAAUCAUUCAGAAUUUGCAACAAUUCUAGCGUUGCGGGCUCUUUGGCGGGUUGGCUUGAAACAGCAUUUAUUUACACUUCCAUGACGGAUUAUCCUACGCCUUCCAAUUUUCUCAAUCCUUUACCGGCUUACCCAGUGAAACAGAUGUGCAAGGCAAUUGAUGAUCCAACGGGAGGCAAUGACACAUUUGCCAAGUUAAACGGUGCGGCUAACAUCUACUACAACUACAGCGGCGAUGCCACGUGUUUCGAUCUCGACGACAAUUCUGAUCCCCACGGUCUUAGCGGGUGGACCUGGCAGGCUUGUACUGAAAUGGUAAUGCCAACUGAUGGCAACAACAAGGAGAGUAUAUUCCCAGCCUCAGAGUGGGACUACAAUGAUCGAGCCAGCUUUUGCAAAGAAUACUUCAACGUUGAGCCCAGGCCCACUUGGAUUACCACCGAGUUCGGCGGCCAUGACAUUAGUAGAGUCUUGAAACGCUUUGGGAGCAAUAUUAUUUUCUUCAAUGGUUUAAGAGACCCUUGGAGUGGUGGAGGGGUGCUAAAGAAUAUAUCCGAAAGCAUAAUCGCCAUAACAGCGAAAGAAGGGGCACAUCAUGUGGACCUGAGGUUCUCAACAAGUGAAGAUCCAGGAUGGCUCAAAGAUGUGAGGAGAAGAGAGGUCAAUAUCAUAACCGAGUGGCUCUCUCAAUACUACCACAGCUUGACUCCUAAUUAAUUACCAUUAGAUCCUUUUAGUAUUUCUACAUUUCUUAGAUGCAAAUUCCAGAAUACCUGUAUUUUACUUGAUCAAUUAAGUUCCAUUUAUGCAACGAGGGGAAAAAAUCCCGUUCUCUCAACUUUAUAUUA